AAGCGAGAGGAAUAAGGAAAGAAAAAAAACGCCGACAGCGUCAUUCUCAUUUAAUUACUUUCAUUUAUUUAUUUAUGAUCACAAUCAUCGUCGCCAUAAUCGGAUCUCAUUCCAGUGAUCACGUGCCACGCACACCCAUUGUUUUUAUUGAGUGGUGGUGUCGUUUGGAAUCGUUUUGGAGUGAGUAUAAAUAGGAGAAUAUGAAAGAUGGGAUGGGAUUGGGAACGAAGGUGUCGUUUGGUGUGAUCGGAGUGAGUUUUGUGAUAUUGGUUGUGGUGAAGAUGUCGGAGUUGUUGAAUAAGGCGAAGAACUAUGUUAACGAUAAAGUGGCCAACAUGCCGAAGCCCGAGGCCAGUGUGGCUGACGUGGAUUUCAUGCGCGUCGGGAAGGAUGGCGUCGAGUACCUUGCCAAGGUUAAUGUUUCCAAUCCCUAUUCUACCCCUCUUCCCAUUUGUGAGAUCAAGUACUCUCUCAAGAGUGAUGGCAGAGAGAUAGCAUCAGGUGUAAUACCAGACCCUGGUUCAUUGAAGGCAAAUGGGACAACAUUGCUUGAUGUUCCAGUUAAGGUUGCUCACAGCAUAUUAGUGAACUUGAUUAGGGACAUUGGUAGGGAUUGGGACAUUGAUUACCAAUUGGACCUUGGCUUAGUCAUUGAUAUUCCUUGUGUUGGUAACAUCACCAUUCCUGUUUCUCAGAAGGGAGAGAUUAAGCUUCCAACCCUCAAGGACAUGUUUACUGGUGGCUCUAAGAAUACUGAUCCUGCUCCUGCUCCUGCUACUACCUAAUAACCUACCCUUUAAUUAUUGUUAUUAUUAAAAUUAGAAUAAGCAAAGAAGAAACUAAAUAUAUAUAGUCUCCUUUAUAUUAUAUAUCAUAUUUUCUGUUUAUAUCAAUUUCAAUAAUCCUGUAUUUUUCUUUCUACACUUUGUUGGUUGUAUAAGAAAUGUUGUAGUUCAUAAACUAUAUAUAUGUAUGGUUAUUUAGUAUUUCAAAGCAUAAAUUUGAAAUUGAAACCAAGUGUGUUUACUAGGAAGCUUGGUUUAUGUCAA